AACUUGUAUAGAUGUGCUCUGGAGAGUAGUCUGACUGAUUGUUUGCACAUUGUACUGUAAGUUGAAUGAUUAUAGUUCUAAAGAGUUUGAGCUAUAGACACUUCAAUUUUUGUACAAAGGAUUUUGUUUAUCAUUGUUCUUUUUAAUUUUUUUCUUCUUGUGCCUUUAUAAUUUUCUUUAUUCAGAUUUAUUUCACACUGAGCUAAAUUUUGUUACCUAUAGUCAUCAUAUUGUGAUCGCUGUUUUGUAAAGAGCCUUUUAAUUAACAUGAUACCAACUAAUCCUUUCUUGUCACGUAAUACUGGAGCUUGUUCUUUUAUUGUUCCUCAACGUAUCGAUCAAGAAAACCAUCUCUCACUCUCCAAGAACUGAGUACCCCUCCACACUGUACGCACCAUACUGCUAAUUUAGUUUGCCCAGUUUAUAUGCAGGUUAAAGUCCUCAUGAUUGUGUUGCUUGUUACAUGCUUUAUACUACUUUUUGCAUUACUAUUUGUGGGUCCUUGUACACCUCUCACCAAUACUUUUGUUCUUGGCUCCAUCCUGUUUGAUUCUGUGAUUUUUGAGCUAAGAUCCUUCUCCCUGCGUCCCCCCCCACCACUGCUUUUUGUCCUAUUGUUGAAUAUCAGUAUUAGCCUGCCUCCCUUUUUCAUUUUGCCUAUAUCUUCUAAAUAUCUUCAACUAUUAAUUCCAAAUCUUGGUUAGUUAACUGUGUGGUUGCAGUUACAUCAUACCUAUGUCUCUUGCAUUGGCUUGGUGGUAAUAGAAAGAAUGGGCAGAUUGUGGAACGAAAAAUGUUUCAAAGUGGAAGUAUGCAAUUGUACUUCACUGCUUUCUGUGAUAGGAUUGAUUGCUCGACUCUAACUACUACUUUCCUCAGUUAAAUUUCUCUGUUUUGCUUCCAUCCUUGCACAUGCUCCUUCUCUCUUAAAUACACAGUAUGUUCAGUAUUGACAUGUCAAUUGUUGAUUAAGAACAUAAGAUAUCAGAGCAGAAGUAGGCCAUUCGGCCCAUCAAGUCUGCUCAGCCAUUCAAUCAUGGGCUGAUCCAAUUCUUCCAGUCAUCCCCACUCCCCUGUCUUCUCCCCAUACCCUUUGAUGCUCUGGCUAAUCAAGAACCUAUCUAUCUCUGCCUUAAAUGCACACAGUGAAUUGGCCUCCACAGCUGCUCAUGGCAACAAAUUCAACAGAUUUACCACCCUCUGACUAAAGUAAUUUCUCCACAUCUUGGUUCAAAAUCCUGAAUCUUGGAAGUCGUGCCCUCUGUCUCAGACUCCCCCACCAUGGGAAAUAACUUUGCCAUAUCUAAUCUGUUCAGGCCUUUUCACAUUCAGAAUGUUUCAGUGAGAACCCACCUCAUUCUCCUGAACUCCGGGGAAUUCAGCCGUAGAGCUGCCAGACAUUCCUCAUGUGGUAUGUGAGUACAUCCUUCCUGAAAUAAGGAGCUCAAAACUGCACACAAUACUCCAAGUGUGGUCUCACCAGUGCCUUUUAGAUCCUCAACAUCACAUCCCUGCUCUUAUUUUCUGUACCUCUAGAAAUCAAUGCUAACAUUGCAUUUGCCUUGAAGCUUAGAGUAUUGAAAUAGUUCGUCUAUGAAGCUGUCCAACUAUUGCUGGUACCAACAUUUACUAUUCAAUAAAAUCUCUAGCAUUUAAAAAAGCAGCCAGAUUUGAAUUCUAUUUAACAAGUGACUGUUGUUAAUAUGAGUAUGUUUAACAAGUACUUACUAAUUGUGUGGGGAUAAAUAGUGUAAAGGUGAAAUGGAGUGACCUUUUACUUUUCUGUCUAUUCCUUUUCAUAUUGGUAUUUAGAUAGCUGAAGUUUUCAAAAAGGAAAUUAUCUAUAUUCAAAAGAGAGCCCAUUUGGAAUAUCGAUUUGGAUGAUCUCUUUUUGAUAUUUUAAUCUGGCUACUUGGCUAUAUUCAGCUAAAUUCAUUGCUUUUGGUAACUUUUGAUUCUCCAGCUGCAAGUUGUCCUUUUGUUUGUUUUAUCCAUUGUAAGAAUGCUUUCUUUUUAGCCAUCCUAGUUGUGAUUGAUCCAGAUGGUAUUAAAGGACAUCAUGAAAUUCAUGAAAUUCAAACAUAAAGGUAUUGAUAUAAGAAAAGCUGAGGGGAGAAUUCAGUGGCGUGAAUAUCUUUAAAAGUAUAAAGCUUUUAAUGUUAACUGAGGUUAAGGCAUUUAUUAGAUUUCAUUGGUAUUUUGGACGAACUUAAUUGACGUAAGCAGGUUAACAUCUGAAGGAAAACAUGAUGGUACUGUUUAAUGUUCCUCUGCUAAUAUCAGCAUCUGUAGUUUUUCAAGUUGUUUGUAAAACAAACUAUAUGUGGAUAAGCCAGUAACAUCUGGCCUUACUGGAAAUAUCUUGUCUUUGAGUGUCACUGGAACCAAAGUAGAAUUUUACUGAGUAUGCCACCAAAGAGUUCAGGUGCAGAAAAAUUUCAAUAACCCACCACCCUCUGAUUAUUAGAUAUCCCAACAUUAAUGAUAUUCCAACAUUUUUUAUUAGUAGUAUGUUACGUAGUUAUAUAUUUUCCCAGUGAAUCUGAUGAAUUUAAAAAAGAGCAGGAAAUAGUGAAUUUCAGCUUGCCAAACUGAAGUGAGACACCAAAUCCUGGCUUUGGCUGCAAACCUACUUGUGUUCCUGGCCCACGGUAUUCCUGACUUCAGCUCCAUUUGUGCUUGCCCCCGGCACUCUGGAUGCUGAACAAUCGGAUUAUUGGAGUUUUAAACUAUUCAGUAGCCUAAAAUGCUGCCUAUGUCAAUCAAGGAUAUAAUGGUGCAAAGAUUGGAAUGUAGUAGUACAGAACUUGCAGUGCUGGGGUAGUCAUCCAGAAAACACUGUAGAUACCAAAUUUAAUUAUUUAAGUAAUUUGGGUCUAAAGUAGCUGCUUUAUUGGUAGCCAGGAAAGUACUGGAUUAUCUUAAAACAACAACUGGUUCACCAAUGUUUCUGGGAAUAAAGAUCUGCCAUUAUUAACCAGUCUGACAUGUACUUGACUCUACCUUUUAUGUAGUUGGCUUUAAAAUGCCCUGCUGAAGUAAGUAGCUGAACAAACUGAUAAAUCUGUUGUGUGCUCUGAAUGUGCCUUUUGGCUGCUCUUUUGCCAGAAUAUGGCUAGCAUUUACCUUGUGAGUUAUCCAAAUGAGCAAAGAAUGUCAACUUAUGGCUGCACUCAUGGACGAAUAAGUUAAUGGCUAUAGUUAGACCUGAUACAAGCUUUUGUUAUGUUUCUUUCAUUCAUUUUGUUUUCAGGAUCUGAACAUCAUUGGCAAGAGUUGAAUUUAUCAUUCUUGAACGAUGUUGCUGAAUCACCUUCAUGAACUGCUGUAGUGCUGGUGAAGUACUCUCUUGGUGCUCUUGGGGAUGGAGUUUCAGGAUUUAACUUGGUGACAAUGAAGGAAGAGUCUUCAGUACAUCUCUCCAAAGUCAGGAUAGUGUACUUGAAGGGAAUUAUGCAAGUAGUGAUACAUGUGCCUGAAGCCCCUGUCCUUGAUAGAUGCUGCAGGUUUGGGAACUAUUGCUCUAGCAGCCUCAGGAAUUACCGUAAUGCGUGUUGUUAAUGGUGUACACUCCAGCCACUGGUGGAGCAAAUGAAUGGUUGGGAGAUAGAUUGGUUACAAGAUCUUGAACAGUGUCAGACUGCUUGAAUGUCAUUGGAACUGCACUUAGCUAGACAAGUGAAAAGUAUGAUGUUGCACUCCUGAUGUGUGUCUCGUCAAUAUAUUUAAAGAGCUUUUGGGUGUUUCCAAGUAAGUCACUUGCCACAGGAUAUGCUGUUCUUGUGGUUACAGUAUUUUUGUGGUUCACACAGUAAUAUUCUGUUUAAUGGGCCUAAAAGGAUAUUGAGGGUGGGGUGCUCUGCAUUGUUAAGAGGAGUGAUUAGAUUGUCUUUAUGACGUUCAUUGUGUAACAUUUUUUUUGUAGCAUUAAUGUUACUUGUCCCUGUUCUGCCCUUCCCUCAAUGUUGUAGAAGUCUUCGUGCAUGAACUACUUCCAUUGUUGAGGAAUUGCAAAUGUAAUUAACCAAUAUGCAUUCAGAGGUAGAAAUCUGUACUUCUGAGCUUUGAUGGAAUGCCAUUAAGGAAUUGGAUGUAGAUGGGCAAGCCUAGACAUUACUCUGAAUAAUUGGUUCUUUAGUGUCUUGGGGUUGGGAUAACUAACCUCCAACAACCACAUUUGUUCAUCUUGUCUAUUCAUCUGUGUGAGUUAUGACUGCAACCAUUGGAAUAUUUUCCCUUUUGAUGUCCUUUGGUUUCAGUUUUACCAGUAUUCCUUGCUGGCAUGCUGAUUAAAUUCUGCUUUGAUGUUAUGGAAAUUCCUCUCACCGAGUCACAUUGGUCAGAGCAUGUGACUCUCCUCCUUGGUCCCCAGUGUUACUUCAUGCUCCUGAUAUCUGUCUUUUGUAUAAUGAAGGAAAAUUUUCCAUGUGUCAGAUGUGUUCACCUCCAAACGCUCAUGGUAGCAUAGUUGUCAGUGUGACGCUAUUAUAGCUCAGGCUGUUGGAGUUUAGAAUUCAAUUCCAGCACUGUCUGUAAAGAGUUUGUACGUUAUUCCUGUGACCACAUGGGUUUCCUCCGGGUGCUCUGGUUUCCUCCUACUGUACAGAAACAUACUGGUUAGUAGGUUAAUUGAACAUUGUAAAUUGCCCUGUGAUUAGGCUAGGAUUAAAUGGGUAGGUUGCUGGGUGGCGAGCCUCAUUGGACUGGAAGGGCCUGCUCAUGCAGUAGCUCUACAUAAAUAAAUAGAUAAACUAUUAGAAACCAAGCAUGGGAUUGCUUGGUUUGUUGGCAACAUACCAUCACCAUGGUGCACAUAAUCUAAGCAAUUUGUGAAGUGUUCUUAGCAGCAACACCACCAAAAUCUCUCUCCAUUUGGGGUUACAAUUGUAAAUGCAGUCAUUUCCUGGUUCUGUUCUAAAUUGUACAGUGUCUUUUGGAUAAAUUGCUAUACAUUUACAUAUUCUGUCUAAGUUUGGAACUCCAGGAGCAUCUUGCCAUACAGGUUUCAUUGACAAAAUGGCCUAUCCAAGAGGAAUGAACAAUAAAUUGCUAGUGUUGCUCAAAUCCUGGAAUUAAUUUAAGAAAAACAAAUCUGCAUCAUCAUGAGAUGAAAGCUAGUUCACAUCAACUAGAACAUCAAAACUUUGUUUUUGGCAUUAAUGUGAAAAAACACUUCCAAAAGAAAUUGUCAAGUUCAGUGUGAGGAUAUCUUAUGACCAAGGUGAGAGGAGUAGGUAAGGAAUGACAUGCUUAAUUCUUGAUUAUUUUGUGUUCCUCAUUGUUGCAGUUAAACUUUAUGCACAUGGGGAAGAUCUGUGUAUUUGAAAGUAACGAUGGGUAUUCAGUUACUCCACAGAAUUCUGGCUGGCUCAUCUUGGGAACCACUUCACAACAAUGGCCAACAUGACCACUCAAAAUUGUUAAAGCUGGUGACAAAGACUUAGAUGGUCAACUUGAUUUUGAAGAAUUUGUUCAUUAUUUAAAAGAUCACGAGAAGAAACUCAGGCUUGUUUUCAAAAGCCUAGAUAAAAAAAACGAUGGUAAAAUUGAUGCACAAGAAAUCAUGCAGUCUUUGCGUGACCUUGGAGUCCAUAUUUCAGAACAGCAGGCUGAGAAGAUCCUGAAACGAAUUUGGAGAGGGCACCUUUGGGGCCCUAUUGCUUACAUGGAUAAAAAUGGGACAAUGACAAUUGACUGGAAUGAAUGGCGAGAUUAUCAUCUUCUGCAUCCUGCAGACAACAUUCCUGAAAUAAUUCUGUACUGGAAGCACUCCACAAUAUUUGAUGUAGGCGAGAGUUUAACAAUUCCGGAUGAGUUCACAGAGGAGGAGAAGCAAACUGGCAUGUGGUGGCGACAGCUAGUAGCAGGAGGGGGUGCGGGUGCUGUGUCUAGGACAUGCACCGCCCCACUUGACCGACUCAAGGUGCUAAUGCAGGUUCAUGCUUCCAAAUCUAACAGCAUGUGCAUUGCGGGAGGGUUUAGCCAGAUGAUUAAAGAAGGAGGGUUCCGGUCCCUGUGGAGAGGAAAUGGAAUUAAUGCAAUCAAAAUUGCUCCAGAGUCUGCGCUCAAGUUCAUGGCGUAUGAGCAGAUAAAGAGAAUAAUUGGCAGUAACCAACAAACUUUGGGAAUACAGGAGAGAUUGAUUGCAGGAUCCCUCGCCGGGGUAAUUGCUCAGAGCACCAUCUAUCCAAUGGAGGUAUUAAAGACUAGGCUGGCACUGAGGAAAACUGGGCAGUAUUCAGGAAUACUUAACUGUGCAAAACACAUUUUUAAGAAGGAGGGAAUUACUGCAUUCUACAAAGGCUAUAUUCCCAAUAUGCUGGGCAUCAUUCCUUAUGCUGGUAUAGACUUAGCUAUAUAUGAGACUUUAAAAAAUUCAUGGUUGCAGCGCUGUGCCACUGACAGUGUGGAUCCUGGGGUCUUUGUUCUCUUGGCUUGUGGCACUGUUUCAAGCACAUGCGGACAGUUAGCCAGUUAUCCCUUGGCACUUGUCAGGACGCGAAUGCAAGCACAAGCUACCACCGAAGGAGCACCUCAACACACAAUGCUUGGACUAUUCAAACACAUUCUAAGCACAGAAGGGGCGAUUGGACUGUACAGAGGAUUAGCACCAAACUUCAUGAAAGUUAUUCCUGCUGUGAGCAUUAGUUAUGUGGUAUAUGAAAACUUGAAAAUGACACUUGGAGUCACAUCGCGAUGAAGAGGCUUGGGAAAACUUGCUUGAAGUUAAUUGAUCUUGGGUGAUCAUCCUGGGAUUUGACUGGCUCAUUCUGUGAAUGUCAUUAAACACUAGUGAAAUAACAGUGCAUCGGGGAAGAGGAUUAAAGGGACCACUCCCCAAUAUUUAUCAGCAGAUUUAUUUUCUGAUUAGCAUUUUUUUUAUCAGCUCUAAAAUGCUGCCUGAAACUCUGAUGGAGAUGCUUUAUACAGUAUUGGUGCCACUGUGGCUCAUUGGUUUUACUGUGACGUGUUUGGAAGUCACUUGGACCAUCUUGAUCAUUGCAUCAAAUAUUGGCUGUUAUAGAGGGUGAAUGCUUGCGCACCCAUGUGAUAUUUAUCUGCUAUUCAACUAGCAGUGUUAUGCUAUCUAGAAUAAGUAGCCUAGGUAACAAGCAAAGGAACAUCAUAGGAAUGCUUUAAAGUAUUCUCCAAUUAAUAUCGCUAUUCAUCAUUAUUGAUAACCUAUGAUGAAAGGCUUGAGAAACCAAAUCAGAAGUCUUAAUGAGCGUUUGAAUCAGUAGAGAUGGAAUUCUGACAGUUACUGAAUGCAAUAUGUCUUAAAGGUUUGUUUCUGAUUUGGCGUAAGAUUCACAUCUGAACAUUUGAUGAAGGAUUUUAGUUUGUGCAUAAGUUUUUUAUUUAAGCAAGAAACAAUCAUUCUUUUAUCAAACUUGUGAAAUUCAUCAGUUUCAUUAUCAGUUUAAUUUUGUUAUUGUCUGGUUUUUAAUAUGUAGUGCUGGUGUAAACUGGAUAUUUAUAUUAUUUAUUGUUUACAAGUUUUCACAAGGCUCAUAAUCAGUGAUAGUGGAGGCUUAAGUUUUCAGUGAAGCAACUAAAUAUUAGGCCUUUGCACAAAUCUGUCGUACCACGCUAAAGUCUGAACUCGGAGAAAGCGGAUUUUAAAACUUUUCUUCAGCUUUACAAGUAAUCAGCUGUAUCUUAAAGAAACCUUAAACAGUCAGCUUGCAUUUAGCAAAAGGGUAAAUUAUUUAUUUUUGUACAUCUUGAGGCAAAGCAGAUAUUUAUUAAUUAAAUGUCUAAAUGAGGGCAGAUUGUGUUGCUGUAAAUAAGCUACUCAUUUUGUUUGGUUUUAAGAUCUUCCAGAUCCCCUUUGUUGUGUUGUUAAUUCUUAACUUAGGUUUUAAUGUUUAGACUUGUAUUUUCCUCUUUUUGGAUGAUUAGGUUAAAGAAUGGAAAGAAAAAUAAACUACAAUACACAACUCUUCCCAGCGUAGCAAAUUUUUGCAGUUGUGUUAAAUUGUUAAGAGAUUGUGAAUUGCAAAACAUUGAAUUAUAGUCAAAGAUGAGCCACUCCAUUUUAAGUCAUUGCAACGAUUUAAAAUGAAGAUUUUAAAAUAUUCUGAAUAUUUAUAAAGAAGCUCUGAGCUGUCAAACAUUACUAUUUUGUGCAAAAUAUGUAAAGGGAGUAAUAGUGUCUCUAUUGAUGUGUAAUAGAAAGGCCUUGUUGUAUGGUUCUGUGGACAUACGCUUGUCCGUGAUGUACAAACCUGCAGAUUUUUUUGAAUCUUCAAAAGAGUUUGAAAGUCUUGUGUUGUAUAUGUAUAGGACCAAUCAACUAAUGACUGCUUUAAUUAUAAAAAAAAUUAUUUUGAAAGUGGAGUGUUCUUAGGGAUUUUGAGGAAAGUAUAAAGAUGAUAAUGCCAGCUGGUGGCCUAGUAGCAUCAGCGCUGGACUUCGGAGCGAAGGUUCCCGAGUUCGAAUCCAGCCGGCUCCCUUGCACGCUUUCCAUCUGUGCUGGGUUGAGUGUCGAGCUAGCAACUUGGCCUUGUAAAGAUAAGAAAACCUGCUUUAAAAAAAACCGUUGUCAUGAUGGCGUUCCGAUGACUCCACUCAGAGUUAAGGGCUUCUUCUCUAUAAUGAUGAUAAUGCAAGCCUUCUAGGGGAAUUACACAGAGCCUGUGACUCUGAUUUCCAAGUAUCAAAUUAAGUUCAGGAUUUUGGGACCAGAUAUUUUGUAUAAAGUGUAGGUUUCAGCAGAAUCACCUUGGGGCCCCACUGAGCAAGUCUGAUCCUUGUGUAUUUGAACAUGUUACAACAGUGGGUCUUAAGGUGUAGUUCAGCUAAAGCAACAUUCUCUAUGCCUCAUGUUGUUAAUUUAAAAAAAAAUGUUUAAGCAGCAAUAUCCUAUAUUGUAGCAAUGUAGCUAGUUGAAAGUCUAUUGCUGAAUUGUUUUUUAAAGAGGGCAGUUUCCCUUUUUUCCGAACUAAGAACUUUAACCUGUCCUUCUGGUUGCACGACCUUUUGUGGGUUGUUUUAGAAUUACAGUACAAGCUGUCUUAUUCAUGUAUCCACUAUUGGCUGUAUGUGCUGAUGGCUGAGUUUUGAGGGAUUUUCCCCACUCCUAAUUUAUCUAUUUAUUUUGGAGAUGUGUGAAAAACAUACAUGUAGCUUUAAUUGUAACUGUGUAAUCACUAAAUUUAGUCAGUGGAUUUGGAGCAUGGCUUGGCCUCUGCUUUGUUCAAAUUGUUUCUGUUCUAGAUAUUUCCACAAAAGUUUACAGGGACAUUAAGCUGCUAUUCUGUGGGAUGAGCAGGAUGUUUGUUCCAUUGAUUUUUGUGAAAACCUUGCUUAUUUCCAGUGAUGUCUUACACUUGGGUUGUGGGAUAAAGAUUCCAUGCAGGAACCUGUGAGGCAAUCUUACUAAUUUAAUUCAAGUCAGGAAUGUUUGUGGGGGAAGGAGAGUAUGAAGUAGGGAAUGAAGUGGUUUGCUGUUACACAUGGUUGACUUCCUUUUCAAACAUGUUGUCAGAGUUAAUAUUAUAAUAUUUUGCUGGGACCAUUGGGUGUCUUCCACCGAAGGCUUAUUUUCAUGUUGUAGAUCGGUUGAUCAUGUGAGUACAGUUUAAUUUUAUAAAUACUAAGUAUUAAUAAAAACAUUGCAUAUUGAUCAACUGAGGUUUAUUGAGAGUACCUGAUCCGUACCCCAAGAUCCAUAAACUGUGACCAUUGGUCUGUUUUCGAAGCCUUAGUGGCAUUAAAGUGCCUCUGCAGAUCCUGAUUACAUAUGCUGACCCUGUUUUGGAACUUUGCUGUGAAUCCCCUGCUUUUGGGACAGUGUCUCUAGAGAUCAGAUGCAAAUGUACUGUAAUGCUGCUUUUCAGCACGAUCCUUUUACUUCACAUCUGAAUGAAAAGCAUUUUGGAAAGUAACAGUAGACCCAAGUUGCUGAUUGGCCCAAGGCAGCCUGUUACUAGUUUUUGUUUAGAUUAUGAAUGCAAGUUGAGCAGAACCAAUACAAGGCAGGGUCUGUAUUUGUUGUUCCUGUUAUGUUGCAGAGCAAAACUGAGUUUCAACCCUGUGUAUUUAUGUUCAAAUUAAAAAAUCUACUAAUAAAAUUUAUUUCU